CAAUCUCUAAUAUCCCAAAUACCUGUUGUUCUCUACUAUUUUCGUUGGAUAUCCAAAGAGUACACCAACGUGAACCGUUACACGCUACAGUUUCAGUGUAGUUCGACCAAACUUUCCCUACAUUAAUUUUAGUGUUUUUAACGUGAAUGUAUUGAAAAAUGUUACCAGCGAGGUUAUAUAAAUAUAUUGAAAAUUCAAACGGUACAACUGGCGCUAAGAGGCUGGCACUAAAUGAAAAAUGUUUAACCAAAAUUUGUGGUUACCUGAAUAUACCGGAUCACGUUAACUUCGGCCUUGCGUGUGAAAGUUUUCGGCGCGCCUAUAUCAAGUCCUGCAUGACCAAAUUCGAAAUAUGCGCCCUUAAUCAUAUAUCCAAAUUGACCAUAAAGGAGUUGGUUUUCUUUUUCGAAGCGGCAGGACCGUAUAUUAAGCACAUCGAGCGCCAUGCGCCAUUGUCGAAGUUGGAUAUUGUAAUCGAUUUGAUCGUAACCUACUGUAAGCAGUUGAGGUCAUUGACUUUGCGUAAUUGUAAUCUGUAUGAUGAAAUGGUCAGAAAACUGCCACGUUUGAAGAGAAUUGACACGCUGAUACUGUGCGGCAAUCAGCGCAUAACAGGCAGAUAUUUGUACGGUUUAACAUAUCUGAAAGAACUCAAUUUAUGUGGCUGCAGUAAUAUUACAACAUCACAGAUAGUGGAGGCUUUUAAAACAUGUACCGUUUUGAAAACACUUGACAUACGCGAAUGCACAGAAUUGCAUGCCGAAGCCUUCAUCGCUAUGGCCAAAUAUUGUGAGCAGCUUGAAGUGUUGAAGAUGUCAUGUCCCCCAAUGCGGUUUGACUGUAUAGGAUUUUUGCCAUUGAAAGAGCUCGUUUUGCUGGAUCGUAAUCGUAGACCCUCAACUACGCACCUGUUGGAACAAUUGCCGUAUAGUGGUAAACAAUUGGAAGUUUUGGAAAUUCAUUCGGAAAAUUCUUUAAACCACAAACACAUCAGUAUGAUAAAAGAGAUCGCAAGUUUAAAAAUGCUUGCCGUCCCAAAUAACGAGGCGGUCAACGAUGAUGCGUUGGAUAAAUUUUGUCAGCUGACCCAACUGGAAAAGAUCAAUAUCAGAGGUUGUUGUCAUGUAACGAACAAUGGAAUUCUGAAAUUAUUACGCUUUUGUACACAAUUGCACUGCAUCAACAUACAAUUUUGCCGGCUCAUAACACAUAGACUUGUCUCUGAUGUCAUUUCAUUUCUAAAUGAAGAAAUUGAAAAUAAAAAUUUAGAGCGCAAAAAGCCAUUGGUGCUUUUGGUGAACUCCACACUUAUGGAUGCAAAUGAUUUGUCUAUGUGCGUGGGAUAUGAAACGGCUGUGAGAGAAUCACUCAUCAAAGUGAUAUUCGAUAUUUCCACUUUUGAUUUGGUUGACGGUGUUGCUGCCUACCAUUAUAUGGGACGCUUGCAUCACUCAUCGGACGAAGGUGACGACUACGAGGACGAAAAUGCUAAUCCGAUGUAGCACGAUUGAUUUGGCUUUCCUAAGGCGAAAACUUUCGGCAAUUGGUUUUAUUAAAUUUGUGUUGGUUUAUAAUUGAUUUCUUACGGUUUUGCUAUAUGUACAGAUGUAUAACGUAGCGUAACAUAACAUAACAUAACAUAACAAUAGAAAC